AGAUGAGCAGGGGAUGCGGAUGGCGGGAUGCAGGAGAUGAGCAGGGGAUGCAGGCAGGGGAUGCUCACGGGAGGCUCGGGGAUGCAGUGAGAUGUGCGCAGGAUGUGCGCAGGAUGUGCGCAGGGACGCAGCGGGAGGUGCGCGGGGAUGUGCGCAGGAUGUGCGCGGGAUGUGCGCGGGGAUGCAGCGGGGCGAGCGCGGCGAUGCAGCGCGAUGUGAGCGCGGGUGCGGCGGGGACGCGGCGGGGCGUGCGCGGGGACGCGGCGGGGCGGGCGCGGAGAUGCAGCGCGAAGUGCGCGGGAUGUGCGCGGGGAUGCGGCGCGACGUGCGCGGGAUGUGCGCGGGGAUGCGGCGCGACGCGCGCGGGAUGAGCCCCGAGAUCCAGAGCGACGUGCGCGCCGUGUGCGCGGGGAUAGAGCGGGACGUGCGCGGGAUGUGCGCGGGGUGCGCUCGGGCCGUGCCCGGCCCCGAUCCCCCCGCUCCCCGCCCCCGGUACUCGCCUGGCGCAGCAUCCCCGGCCCGGGGCCGCUCCCGGGGGGCCGCGGAGAGCUGGGGCGGAGCGGGGCCGGCGGAGGCGGAGGAGCCCCCCGGGCCCUUCUGGAUCCCUCGCAGAGGCGGCGGCCGCGGGGCCAAGGUCACCCCGCGGCGACUACAAUUCCCAGGAGGCGGCGAGACGCCGGGAAAAGGCCCGGGGGGAGCGGGGCAGGAGUGAGGGGUCCGCUCCAGACCCCUCCCAGCCGCCUUCCCCCAGCAUUUUCCUCUUCUUCGCCAUCGGAGCUGGGAUGUCCCAUCCCGGGGGAUGACGGCGCAGCUUUUGAGAAUCCGGCACGAACAGACGCGGAUCUAUUUCGGGAUUAAAAAAAAAAAAAAAAGGCAGCAUGAGGAGGAAUAAUAAAUGUCUGACGGUCGGGUUUAAAGUGCUGCGUGCUCCCUGCAGGGCUGCAGCCCCUGUGUGCGCCACCGCACAUCUCCGGGACCACCUUCCAGGACCUCCACAGUCAUUAGUGGGUAUUAUCCUCGCUCCCUCUUAGGAAGUGGUGGGAUAAUCAUUCCCCAUUUAACGGCUGGGAAACUUGGCGCAGCGCACAUUAAGCGAUUUGCUGACAGGCGCACAAGAAAAUUGCGCUAGUCAAGCGUUCUCCCAAUUAUGCCAUCCUUGGAACUGCAUAAUUUCUCUGCGUGAUUCCAAACACGGCUCAGACUCCCCGGGCAGGGCAGGGCUCCAUCUCUGCGCAGCGUGCGGCUCAAAUCAGCCGGCGGGACCCUCCUGUGUCCCCCGGGGGGCUCCUCGGGGCUCGGACCCGCAGCUCCGGUGCCACCGCACAGGUAUCACCCGGGGGGCACACCAGAGCCCUGCGGAGGCCGAGGGACGCUCAGCAGCCCGGGGGUGCCGCACAAAGCCCCCCUCCCACCUUCCCCAAGCGCAGCUUCAGGAUUCCGCAGCCCAGUGGAAAUUCCCCAGCGGUGCCAGCGCUGGGGCCUCCGGGAACCGGCAAAACCUCCCCGGAGCCAGCCAGGAGCUGGGGCUCUGCCACCGGGAGAGCAUUCCGGCCUCCGGGAGGGAUCCUGUGGAGCAGAGGGUCUGGGGGGGGCAGGGGGUCCCGGGGA